AUGCACUUCUUCCACUCGCUGGUACAGAAGCAGCGAGCCUCUGAGCAGUAGCAAGUAAACAAACCUACCUGACAGCCAUAAGCGUCCGUGCUGCCUUUUACCGGGUUGAGCGUAUGAUGGCGAAAAGGAUAGCGCUCGAAACCGACGAGGCUCUGUUGUCAUAAGUUAUUCAGCAAAUAGCAAAAUCGAUUUUGAACAGCGAGGGAGGGUCUUCGAGGAAAACAGUGGGUCGUGUGUAAACCUGCAGCAGGACGCUGAUAGAAGCUCGCAUGAUGCAGUGCAGCACUUCAGAGAAAAUGGGUGAUUUAAACCUGAUUCUCGGAAUCGAGUGUCUAAAAAGAGAUGUGGGCUGGCUUCUUUAGCCACCGUGUGAGUUAUAAAUCAUACUGGACUUAAAGACCACUUUCCCCGCAAUAUAUGCGAGAUGGGACCCAUCAUGCAGGAACGCACAGCAGCCACGACACUAAAGCGCGUCGUUUCCAAAGAGAAGAUACGCGUUAAGAAUGCCGAAAACAGCGGGUCAGUUGCCAGCGCUAAGAAGAGUAACAAGACGAAGAAAGCAGUGAGCCAGGUGAAAAAGGGCCUUCCGGGACCAGGUCAGGAUAAGGACACAGCCACAGCAUCGCAGAGGGGUGCUCAGUCUAAAGGUGGCAGGUUGAAGUUGAGCUCUACACGCAGUACAAGUAAAGUCUCCAGUCCUGAAGAGGAAGGAGAGUUGAGAUCUCAGCUACGCAAGCAGUCUUCUUGGCACAGGAAAGAAGAAAAACGAGAAAAUCUACGAACGUCACAGUGCAGUGGUGAGCUCCCACAGAAUCGUCAAGGGAUGGGAACGAACCGCCGAGCCUUGUCUCUGCCGCUUUCUCCGAUAUCAGGGCUACGUCACUUGCCAGCUCAGCCCCUAACACACUCCCCGGCCCCCACCCCAGAGGGAUUACAGCUGCACUACAAUCCCAAGGAUGAAGACACUGACAGUGCCAGUGAUCUGUCAGAUUCUGAGAGGCUGCCCGUCUUGCCUUCACCGUGUACUCCUUGCACGCCUCCUCAUCUCAACCUCCGGGCAGAGAUUAUCAACACUAAUGAUCUUCUCCCAGAUUUUCCAGGACCCCUUGGGACAGUGUGUGAUGAAGUUGAGAGUCAAACACCAAACUACCAUUAUCCAGACUUUCUGCCUCCUCCAUUCAACUGCUGGAGCCUGAGGCAGCUGGCUGUGUUUCUCCACACCGAGGGCCGCGGUGCCCCCAGGCCCAAACCUGUAGGGCCCUUGGAGAAAUACCUGGAGAGGCUGCUGCAACUGGAGUGGCUCCAGAUCCAAACAAUGCAAGCAGAGAGCAGUCGUCUGCCUGGGAGCCGUCCAAGACCGCAGGGCUUCCCCUCUCAAAGUACUGCUCAUCCAGCAAGGCCUCACACUGCCCCGCCUUCCAGACUCAACUCCCCCAAAGGGGUGCGGCACAGCUCCCGAGCCUUCCCAUUUACACCUGUUAAUAACCCACCAUCGCCUGCCUCAGCCCAGCCCCAGCUCUCUCGUUUCCCAGUUUGUCCACACUGUCACAUUCGCUACCCACUGUGCAACGGAAGCUGCUCUGCCUAUGCAUACCAAUGCCACUCACGACUCAGUCCACUGCUCGAGCGCAAAGCUCGACCAGGUGCGGCAGCGAAGAGAAGCAGCAGCGAGACCAGAACGCCCUCUACAGAAGGUACGAGCCCUGGAGGACAAGGCGGAGGAGGGGCUCGGACACCAGUGAGCCCCUCAGCUGGAAGGAGUCAUCUCAGGCACAUACAAGCUGCAGGAAAUGCUCGUAAACCGCCUCAAGAAAGUGGCACCAACCAAACCGACAGAGGUCAGGUGAGAAGGAGCCGUGUCAGAGCUCAUUCUGAGACGGAUGUUAAAAAGGAUUCAGGAGGAACCAAAGCAGCAAGUGCAGAGAAACAGGGAUAUGCUGCACACAAGAAGGAGAUGAUCACCCCUCAAAGAGAGGAGAGGGACUGUCAGAAGACUGAAGCAAGAGGUCAGGCCUCUAAAACUGCCAUGAAAAGAGCUGCUAAAGUCCCAGCAUCUCUCGGCAAAGCACCAGCUAGCAGUCAUAGCGUACUCAAACAAAACAGCAAAACAAAAAAUGUUCACUUUGUUGCAAAGUAACUCCUAUAUCCCCGAAGUAUAGCGCUUUAGUUAGUGGUUACAUGGAUGUUAAACCAAUGCUUGCUUUCUGUGUAGUCUGUUUAAUACUAACAUGAUCUAACUUCUACAGCAGAAUAAUGAGUCUGAGGUGCACAGCCACCCUACAGCUGAUGCCAUUAGUGACUGAGUCGCUUUAAAGGAAAUAAAUACAGUUAACGAUGUGUUUAAUGCUAAAUAUACAGUAACAGGCCUAAUGCUGAGCAGACAUGAACAUGAACUCGGCAAGAAUUAAUAAAACAUUUUUUAUGUGAACCGAACUUCAUUGCACUUGCAGUCACCCUUCAAUACUCUACGAAAAGUAGAUCAAAUCUAAUGCUAAACAGCUUGAGCAAGUAACUAACAUUGAUGUUUAACACUCUGGUAAUCCAAAACUCAGUUUUUGCUGUUUUAGUGGUACUUGAAGCUACAAUCCUCUUUAUUUUGUCCAACGGCACUAUCCAGUGGCUGACAAAUGUAUUGCACCUUAAGGCACGGUUUCCACUUCCAUAUUUACGGCUGAAAGCAACGCCUCUUGUUCGUGAACUCACACCUCUAGCUGACAGAGCUAAAACGUUGUUUUAAAAUAGCUAUUCUCAUGUUAUGUUGUUUAUUCAUAUAUUUUAAAAACGUACUUGUCCAUGAGAAACAUCGUCAACUCUGCAUCAACCUAUGUACGUCCUCAAACGCUCAAGCAUGCUCCAUGAUUGACUACUGUAUGUAAGCAGUUGUCCAACGUUAUUGGUUAAUGCUUAAUGGCGCUAAGUUCAAAUUACAUGGGGCUCUACAGGACGGGCUUUGCAAAAAAAGACAUAUUGCCUACUUUAUUAGCCUGGCCAGCCAGACUCCUCCUCUGUUUAAUUCUGCACAGAGGAAGAGUCUGGUAACUCUCCUAUUCAAAUAUCCCCACCCCCUGAGACUUCUAACCGAGCCAAUCCGUGCUGAGCAGCGUAUGUCACACACCACAACGCUGAGUUUGUCAUAAACAGGGCGACUGAAGCGGAGUUUGCUGCGGCUCUUUCCUCUGUUCUGACUGUCUUUAAAACCACAACAAGCAAAAGAGCUAAAAGCCAUUCUUCUAAAAAAAAUGUUUGUGCUGUCGCCAGACGCCUUUUUUGACUACAGCUAAAAAACUACAGCGUCACGGACGACACACACUGCAACGCUCAGUGUCUCAUAAUCAACGAAGAGGCGGUGUUUGCUACGGCUCUUUCCUCUGUUCUAAAUGACUUGAAUGUCUUUAAAACCACCAUAAGUAGAAGCGCUAAAAGUCUUUCUUCUGAAAAAAAAACAUAAAUGUUUGUGCCGUUGCCAGACGCCUUUUUUUGUUUUUACUACAGCUAAAAAACUACAGCGCUGCAUGGUACAGUCAGCAGUUCUGUCUUUUUUCUGAUUGGUUAUUUUUGAGCUGGCUAGUCCCGCCUCUCAUGCCUCUCUGCCUUUGAGUAUCCAGACGUACUCUGCUCAGUGCUGAUUGGCUCGGUCAGAAUUCUCAAGGGGUGGGGUUAUUUGAAUAGGAGAGUUACCAGACUUUCUCUGUGCAGAAUUAAACAGAGGAAGAGUCUAGCAGGCCAAGCUGCUACUUAUAUCAUAGUAAAUUUUACGACCAUCACUUUCAUGGAUUAAAAAGAAAUCAUACAUAAAUCCCGAAAGGGUGAAAAUUCCGGACUGUAGUUUUAAAAUGUUUAAUUUUUUUUGUGUGUGCCUCGUGUUUAGAAAAUACUUGUUAAGUUUAAGGAUUUUCAGCAGAAUUGGAGGCACUGCAGUGCCGUGUGAAUUUUCUUUACAUGUGCUAGGUUUUACGUUUUUGUUUACAAGGGCUUUUCAUUAUUGAACAGCUUGAAUUGUAGUCCAUGAUAUCUUGCUGUACUUUGCAUUGAGCUGAGCUCGUCUUGUCGACUAAGAUGGUGGAUUGUUUGCUACGAUUGUAAAUGCGUAUUUUUCCAGUUUUUAUAUACCAUAGUUAUAUUUAUGAGAAGGGUUGUUGUUUACUUGUACAUCUUUAAGUUUCCACUGUUACGCACUUAAAGAGAAAUAUUUAGUAAAAGAGUUGGACGUAUUUUUUGUCUCCUGUGCUGUCAUUUCAUUGGUGUUUCUAUAGUUGAAGAUAGGCCGUAACAUGACGACAUUAGAAACAUCACCUCUAAAAUUCCAUGGAAAUUUAACAACUGUAGAAGUGUUUUAAUUACUGGUUUAUGUUUGUUGUAUAUGCGACGUAGUCUGACUGCCUCUACUAACCCCCAUGUAAAAUAUCAAAGCCAUACCUAAGGAGCUUGAAUGGAGAGCCAAACUAUCGGGAAUGAGUACGGUAUAUCAAUAUGCACCCUGAAAGAUUGUGAUAUUUUCUCAGUGUUUAGUAUUUGUAAGGCAUAAUAAAUGUUUUGCACACAAUGAA